AUGACCAAGCCUCGUAUUCAGGAGCAUGUUGGAAGCCCCGAUGACGAAUUGAGAAACAAGUCGAUGAUAAAUCCAGCCUACCUCGCUGCUGCAGGCAUGCAAUCUUGCUCAGGCGUCGCUAUCCCUAUGACCCCUACCAACGGAAAGGCGGACCGCACUACCAUGUCGACCGAAGGCGUUGAUGUUAACGAAUACCAGAGCCUCAGACGCAUGCACGCCCCUACUAGGGCAGAUGCAAAAGCGUUGAAGGUUGUAUACAGAUAUGGUCCCAGGGCUGACCCACUUGCCGGUAGCGAUGGCGGAGUUCUCAAGCGAGUGCUGGCCCUGGCGUCGUAUCAGACCCACGAUAUCUAA